GGAGAGACGCAUUAUUGCAGUAGCGUAGAGAGCCACAGCACUUUGCACAAGAGAGAAAGAGAGGAGGGGUGACAGAAAUCAAACAGAGACAGCUCAUUUCUCAUGACUGGACUUUUUCCCUUUAACCCCACCUUUAUUUUGAAAUUACCAGAAGCUUCAAGAAGAAGCAACUAAAACAAAGCAGCCAAUCAGAGCUGCAUCUCUUUGAGGACUCUGUGAGGAGCAGGAGUCUGAACACCGCUGGAUUUGUCUCUCUUCACUGGAUUUGAAUUCAGAAGUACUUUUCUCCUGCUUCACUUCCUGCUCUCCGGUGAAUUAUCACCUACUCGUUUACGUGCAUCGGUAUUGCGGUACUUUUGCUGACGACUUGCAGUAGCCUAUAAAUGCAUCGCUAGAAGAUUGGCUCCACUGCGCCACGACCCCCACUUUCCUCUCUUCACUGUUCGCACGGCACUUGUAUCACUUUUCUCCUGGAGAAUUUUGGACUUAAACUAGGACCGCUAGCUGUCAGAACAAUCCCAUCUCUCUUCCUCUCCAAUCUUGCAGUUUUUUCAUCUCUUUAUUGUAGUUCAGACCCUCCCUCUCCUGCCUCUCACCCCUCCUCCUCCUCCGCUGCCCGUGAGUCACUUCAAACAGCUGCAUAGAAGAUGUCUGCCCCCGAUGCUGCUGCACCAGCUGGAGCCCCUGGCGCUCCAGGAGCACCUGGUGCAGAUGGAGCCCCUGCAGGUCCACCUGCAGGCCCACCCAACACCAGCAGCAACCGCAGGCUACAACAGACACAGGCCCAAGUCGAGGAGGUGGUGGAUAUCAUGCGGGUGAAUGUGGACAAGGUUUUGGAAAGAGACCAGAAGCUCUCAGAGCUGGAUGACAGAGCGGAUGCUCUCCAAGCCGGAGCCUCCCAGUUUGAAAGCUGUGCAGCCAAGCUAAAGAACAAGUACUGGUGGAAGAACUGCAAGAUGAUGAUCAUGAUGGGCAUCAUUGGAGUCAUUGUGGUUGGAAUCAUUUUCUUGUACUUCUUCUACUGAGCUCAGCCCAUCACUACAGAUGGAUAUGGACUUAGGAAUGACACGAGAGGGAAGAGGAAAAAAAAGAAAACUAAGCGCCCCCCCGUUGUCUGUCUUCUCCUUCCUCUCUUCACACAGUCUUCCAUCAAACCAUUCUGCACUUAAACAUGACAGUAGCAUCUCUAGGUGUCUCUGCUCUCUUUUUCCCUCCCUUCUCAUGGCUUUCUUCCACUGGUUUGGUCUCGCUCACUCUCUCCUGUCUCCGCACCUCAUGUUUUAUUGAAGGACGCAGCAGGCUGAGUGGAGGGGGGAGGAAGGGAAGGAGACACGGGAAUACACGGGGGCUGUACGAAGCUACAGGGGGAAAUGUACAGUGUACAGAUGGUUGAAUGUGUGCAGGAUAAAACUAGUGUUAGUCGUCCUUUCUAUCCCAGAUACGCCAAAGCCUGUCCAUAUUUCCCUUUUUUGAAAGUCCUACAUUUGUAAAUUGAUACAGAACUAACACUCCUUCCAUCACGACUGCUAGCAUCAUUGCUAAUGACUAACACAGAGGUAGAACAAGAAAAUUAACAUUUUUGUUGUGUGUAUUUGUGAUCCAGUCAUUCUAGCUAACAGCAUUUUUAAGUUUUGCUGACAGGCUUUCAUUUGUGACCUUUUUUCCGUCUCAGCUCUCUUUCUUAGUCACUCAUUUUCAGUUUAGCAAUAGUGGAAGGAACAAAAUAAAAUGGAAAGAUAUGGUGGGAGAGUUUUAGAAAAGAAAGAUGAGUUUCAGGGUAAGGUAGCAGCAUUUUAUUUCUGCCACUAACAGACAAUCUCCUGUAUUCAUGAGGAAAGAGAAAGGUCUCUGAACUCAGACUUCAGCCAUAGACAGAUGAAUGUGUCACGUCACAUUUUAAACAGGUUCAACUUUAGACAAAGCAUUUGUUACAACCUUUAAAAAGAAGGCAAAUGAAGAAAAAUGACAUGAUUUUAGAAACCCCGAGCCUCACUCACAUAAACACAGACUCACGUGUCAUUUGCAGUCAUGAUAACGGCCAAACCGAGGUGUUUGUUUCUAACUUGCAUGGCAAACGGU